AUGCUCAGCAUCGCCCCCCUCCUAGCCCUCGCCAGCACAGUCGCGGCGCACGGCUACGUGUCGUCGCCGCCGGCGCGAGAGGCCGGCAACGCGGCGGUGGCCGCCUGCGGCAAGAGCGUGGUCAACGACAUCAAGCGGGACAACACGUCGCACGUCGAGGGCCUGCCGGAGCUGGCGGCCAAGGACAGCGGGUACAACGCGGCGCUGUGCAACCUGUGGCUGUGCCGGGGCCUGCAAUUUGCCGACAACGCGGCCAACGUGCAGAAGUGGACGGCGGGCCAGUCCGUCAACGUCAAGGUCCGGCUGACGAUCCCGCACACGGGCAACGCCAACGUCUCGGUCGUCGACACCAAGACCAACAAGAUCAUCGGCAAGCCGCUGGUGAGUUGGGACAAGGGCUACGCCGACGAGAAGGCCUUCUAUGCCAAGACGACCCCGAAGGACCAGAUCGACUUUAACGUGACGAUCCCCAGCGACCUGGGAAGUCAGUGUGCGAGUGCAGGAGCUUGUGUUCUACAAUGGUGGUGGUAUGGGACUGGAGCAAAGCAGAGUUACGAGUCAUGUGUUGAUUUCACUGUGGCGGCUCCAUGA